CGUUCCUAUUUUUCAGCUAGAUGAAAUUCCAAUUCGCUUCAAGUCAGAUCUUUGACCGUCCCUUUCAUUUUCGUGGCGUGAAUCUCAGCGCAUCAUUUCAUCUAGCUCCACCGUUUCAGUGUGGUUUUAUUGUCCGGUUUCUUUCCGGUUUUUUGUCUGGUUUUUUGUUGGUUUGAAUUUCGGGGUCCGUGCCAUCUGAGUCUCCGCAUCAGUUUCCCUUCUCUUUUCACUUUCCCCUUCCACUCUCUCUUUGUCCGGCGGAGAAAGGCGGAGACGAGGAGGGACGGUGGCGGUGCUUUCUCGUGUGGCCUCUGGUGUUCUCGGCGGCGGUGCUUGAAUCGGCGGUGGCGGUGGCUUCCAGUGGUCCGGAGGCGGAGAAAGGCGGAGACGAGGAGGGACGGUGGCGGUGCUUCUCGUGUUGGCCUGUGGUGUUCUCGGCGGCGGCGCUUGAAUCGGCGGCGGCGGUGGCUUCCAGUGGUAGGUUUCUGUAGCUGUGGAGUUGAUUCGAAGGAUUUGCAGAGCGAAGCGCCGGGAGUAGUCCCGGUUUGUUUCUCGUCUGGAUCAUGGCUCGCCGUGGAGCCAGAGGAGAUGGUUUCCUCCAUGGUGAAGCUCCCAGCAAGCGACCUGCGUUUCGAGGAUGCCGUGGAGGCCGUCGGGAUCGGUAUCGUAUCAGCGGCCACCAGUGCAUGUUUCGUGUGAAUGGGCAUGGUGGUUAUACUCAUUGUGGCGACGUGCCUGAUUAUCCUUCAUCAAAUGACGAUAGCCAUGAUGAAGCCAGCUCAUCCAGUGAUGACUUUGGAGUUAUUGUGAAUUCAAGGAGGAAGAGAUUUUUAGAUGAUGCGUUGUUUGAGUUUUUCAGCAAGGAGGCUAUUAAGUCCUUGAAGAGAGAUUUCUCAAAUUUCUGCAGGGGUUCCGAUGUAUGGAAAGAGAAUAAAAGGGCAAAGUUAUCUGGAGUUGACAAGUCGUGCUUCACUGUUUAUUCAUCUAAGUAUUUUUUCGAAGUGUUGCAUAGGCUUACUGUGGAGCAGAAGUCUGUUAUUCAGAAGUUUGGUUUCAGUUGUUUACUCGUUUUUGCGAAGACUCACAUUCCUUCAUCUUUCAUCCGUUGGCUCUCAAGUUGUGUUGACUCCCAAUCCUCUCAAAUUAUUGUCGAUGACAAGAUAAUAAAUAUUUCUAAAGAUUCUCUUCAUUAUGUUCUUGGCUUUCCCAAUUCUGGUGUUGAGGUUGUUGAUGACAGUGAUGGUGGAGCGGACUUCAUUAUGUCUCUGUUCCAUCACAUCACGUUUUUUGGCGACAAGCUAAGAUUCAGCAAAACUCUUUCUGAUCAAGAGAUCUUUGUUUGUUUCAUGCAAAUUGCCAUAUCUUGUUUCCUUUGCCCAUCUGGUAAUGACCGCUUAGACACCAAAUACAUAAAGCAGCUUGGGGAUUGUGAACAAGCUAGAAGCUUUGAUAUUUGUCAGUUAGUCUACAACCAUCUCAUUCUUGGAAUCACAAAAACUUUGAAGUUCAUAAAAGUUAAAGGAAGGAAACCUAAUUCAUUUGAGUUUUGUUCAUAUGCCCUUGCAAUAAGUAUGAUCAUUUUCAUUGUUCUUUUUAAUUUUUAUUCAAAGUUUCAUUGUUCUUUUUUGAGUUUGUUCCCUUUUCCUUUAUUUUUUUUGCCGUCUUUGCAGGUGCACUAUCUAGACUGCCUUGAUUUUGGUGUUCACACUGUUGGUAGUGGAAUUCCUAGGGCAGUUUCGUGGUCUGGUGAUAUGAUUGUAGAGUAUUCUGAAUUGGACCGUAAAGGCCAAAGAUCAUUUGGGCGCAGACGCUUGAGAACAGAUCUCCCCGGCUACUACCUAAACAAUCAGAGAACUAACAUGGGCAACACGAAUUGCAUGAACCUUGGUACACAUUUUCAUUCUUUAUCAGCACAAUUCAAGCAAUCACUUCACGAUAAAUUUGGCAUUGUUUUGGAUGGGAAGAUAAUUGAUGGCAUCUUUGAAACUGUUCAGUGUACUAAUUCAUCUCAUUGUGGGAACAACAACAUGUUAGAAAGUUUAACUCAUGAUGUUCUAGAUUUUUUAUCAAAUGCAUGGCCUGGGUACAAGAGCUGCAGAACUGUUCCGACUGAUUUGGGUCAUUUGGAUACCCCAGUUGCCCUUGCAAGUAAACAUGUUGUUCAAGACUCCAAUAUCACAGCCCCAAAAAUGCAUUGAUGUCUACUUCCCCCUCCUUUUCCUGUAGACAGUGUUGGGCCUCCAAGAGCAGAGGUUUGUAGAACAGCAGCAAGUUUUCC